CACACCCUCUACGUAAGUAACGUGUCGGCUUAAAGCCAUCGUUGCCUUCCAGAGCUAAGAAUCUUUCUAAAUUUGUCUACUCUCUACGACAAAUGAUGCUCAAGAUCCCUACCAUUAACGCCUCAACUCCAUCAAUGGGGAUAUUGCCAUUUUCAAGUCGGAAAGCUUCGCGGUUUUUUGGAGCAUCCGCAGAUGUUUUCCCACCGUUUCUGCUAAAAGAAAUGGAGAAAAUCGAAGACCCAUUUGCUCGAAAGUUAGUUUCAAGGAUCGAGAUGCUGCCUGUAGAGCUCACUAGUUCAAAGAAUUGCAUUAUGAGUAGUUGUGUGAAGCCAAUGGUCCAGGACACUGCUAGUCCACUUGUUUUGCUACAUGGCUUUGAUAGUUCAUGUUUAGAAUGGAGAUACACACUCCCGCUCCUUGAGCAGGCCGGUUUGGAAGCAUGGGCCAUUGACAUUUUAGGAUGGGGCUUCAACAACUUAGAAAAUCUUCCAAUCUGUAACGUUGAUUCCAAGCGUGAUCACCUCUUCCAAUUCUGGAAGUCCUACAUUAAAAGGCCUAUGUUGCUUGUGGGUCCAAGUCUUGGAGCUGCGGUUGCAAUUGAUUUUGCUGCCAACCAUCCGGAAGCUGUUGAUAAGUUGAUUUUGAUUAAUGCAAAUGUGUAUGCAGAAGGCACAGGAAACCUCUCUAAGUUACCAAAAAGUGUAGCAUUUGCUGGUGUUUCUCUGUUGAAAAGCCUCCCACUCCGCUUUUAUGCUACCAAUAAGGCAUUUAGUGCUUUGCCAUUUGAUACAUGCUUAGAAUGGACUCAAAUUACUCGAUUACAUUGUCUGUUGCCAUGGUGGAAAGAAGCAACAGUUGAUUUUAUGAGCAGCGGGGGAUACAAUGUCACUGCCCAGAUUAAUCAGGUUCUGAAGAAAACUCUUAUAAUAUGGGGAGAAAAUGAUGGAAUUGUUGACAGCAAACUUUCAGUGCGAUUACAUUGUGAACUCCAAAAUGCAAUAAUUCGUCAAAUACCAAAUUGUGGUCAUAUCCCACAUGUCGAAAAGCCAGAUGCAGUUGCUGACUUGAUCACAGAGUUCGUGCCACGUCAGCUGCCCGAUACUCUUUCAUCACUGCCCGUAGUGCCCGAGCAAGAGCAAAAUCUUUUAGUUCGUCAAAUUAGUCAUAAAUGAUGUCCUACCAUUUGUAUUGUAUUGUAUCUUAUCUGCAAAAUGGGAUACGCUGGUUGAAUCUUUUACAAACAUAUGUUGUAAAAGUUUCAACGUAUGUUUCUUCUUUCUUUUCUAAUAAGUAUUCUAAAGGAAACCUUUUAAUUUA